GGGAAACAAGGAAGUGUUGUCCGAGAAGAUACAGGGCCGAGUCUGUUUUCCUCCGCAGAGGACUUGGUAAAUUCAUUUCACGCUUAAAAGGAGAAGCCGAGCUGAAGGAAGAGACGGACAGCUUCAGUAUUUUAUCAUUACUUCAUGAAAAUGGGUUUAAAUGGCGCGUGUUCGCUCAUUCUUUUACACAGUUUACUAACCUGCGUCACUUUGAGCAGCGGGCUGUUUGGAAAAUCAUUAAAGAGACCUAACAUUGUUUUGAUCCUCACCGACGACUUGGACAUCGCUAUCGGGGGUCUGAGUCCACUCACCAAGACGAAAAAACUGAUAGGUGAUGCUGGAAUAUCGUUCACAAACGCAUUUGUGGCCAGCCCGCUGUGCUGCCCGAGUCGCGCCAGCAUCCUGACGGGGAAAUACCCGCACAACCACCACGUCAUCAACAACACGCUGGAGGGGAACUGCAGCAGCACAGCCUGGCAGAAGAGCGAGGAGGCGCACACCUUCCCCGCCCUGCUGAGGACGUACGGAGGCUACCAGACCUUCUUCGCCGGGAAAUAUCUGAACCAGUAUGGGCACUCGGAGGCUGGGGGGGUGGAGCAUGUUCCUCCAGGCUGGAACUACUGGGUCGGACUGGAGAAGAACUCUAAGUACUACAACUACACUCUGUCAGUGAACGGGAAGCCUGAGGAACACGGAGCAGACUACAGCAAAGACUACCUGACAGACGUCCUGGCCAACAGGUCUCUGGACUUCCUGCAGUAUAAAUCAAACUACCAGCCGUUCUUCAUGAUGGUGUCCAUCCCGGCCCCCCACUCCCCGUGGACGGCGGCCCCUCAGUACCAGAACAGCUUCAACACCACCAAGGCUCCCCGAGACCCCAACUUCAACAUCCACGGGAAGGACAAACACUGGCUGAUCCGACAGGCUAAAACUCCCAUGACCAACUCCUCAGUGCAGUUCCUGGACGAUGCCUUCAGGAAACGAUGGAGGACUCUGCUGUCAGUGGACGACCUGGUGGAGAAGAUCGUGAAAAGUCUGGAGGUCAGAUCUGAACUGGACAAUACGUACAUCUUCUUCACCUCAGACAACGGAUACCACACAGGUCAGUUCUCUCUUCCUCUGGAUAAGAGGCAGCUCUACGAGUUUGACAUCAAAGUUCCUCUCAUGGUCCGAGGACCGAAUAUCAAACCCAACCAGACCAGCCAGAUGCUGGUGGCCAACGUGGACCUCGGCCCGACCAUGCUGGACAUCGCCGGCUACAACGUCAACAAGACGCAGAUGGACGGUAUGUCCUUCCUGCCCGUUAUGGAGGGCAGGGUGAACAGCAGCAGCUGGAGGACAGACAUCCUGGUGGAGUACGAGGGGGAGGGGAGCAACGUCUCUGACCCCGCCUGCCCUCUGCUGGGACCCGGGGUGUCGGAGUGUUUCCCAGACUGUGUGUGUGAGGACUCGUACAACAACACGUACGCGUGUGUGCGCACGGUCGCCGCCUCCUCAAACCUGCAGUACUGCGAGUUUGACGAUAAUGAGGUGUUUGUAGAAGUCUACAACGUGACAGCAGACCCCUACCAGCUGACCAACAUCGCAAAGAGCAUCGACCAGGAGGUUCUGGAGAAGAUGAACCACCGGCUGAUGAUGCUGCAGUCCUGCGCCGGACAGUCCUGUCGGACCCCCGGCGUCUACGACUCCAGGUAUAAAUUUGACCCGAGACAGAUGUUUCCGAACCACAGCUGGCCGCCCAGCAGCAUCCGACAGAAGAGGAAGUGAGGAGGUGGAGAAGAGGAGAUGAAGGAUGGAGGGAGGAAGAGGAGGGCUGAAUAGUUUUUAGUAUCCAGCCUCCUGCUGGUGUUGCCUUGUUUCAGGCCUGAGCGGUCUGUGUGUGUGUGUGUGUGGAUGGAGAAGGUAUCAGGUGAGGAGUGGAGGGGGGGGAAGAGGCCUCUGUGGGUGCUCGCCCCCCCCCCUUAAAGCCUCCAGGUUGGGCUGCUGUUUGUUGAGUUUGUCUGUAGGUGUGCAGGGAAAUUAUUCAAUGUUGAUUUAUACUCACAAGCCAUUAAUCCUUGUCGUCUUGUAAGCAUUCAUUGUAUUUGUUUAAACCCCUACAGAAAAGGGACAAAAAGAGACCCAGUUCUUAUAAAUGUCUCCGUUGAGAAAAUAAUAUCAAAGAUCCAAGCAGCGAUAAGGUCACAUUAUUUUUUUCUUAUUUAAAUAGUGCACAAGAAGUGGUUUGCUGCAUUCGGAUGGUCCUCAAUAAUUUGUCAAAUUUUAAAUAUAAAUCACUGAGUUGCACUGGUAGUAAUAUAAAACUAAUAAAAGCAUAAUAAUUAAAAACAGCACUGUGGUCACUUGAUAAUGUCAAUGAGGAUCAACCGACUGCAGCUAAAUAAAUCCUGGUACGAUGAUAAGAGAAAACGUAAAAUCGGAACGAUCACAGGUAUUUGUAGUGCAAUAAUUAAGUAUAUAAGACGAUCAAAAGUUGAACGCUCACCUGUAAAUUUGGUGUAAUUCAUCAAUAGUGUUGGCUUGAAUAGAUGUGAGAAGGAGAUGGAAAGAUUAUACUGCGAGGAAUGCAGAGAAAAGCGAGCCGCCUACAGAGAAGUUGACAAACAGGAAGUCCAACAGAAACACAUCUCACAGAAACGAGUGCCUACAUUUACAAUCCAGCUGUCACUUCCACUCUGAAGCUAAAGACAAUACGACUGAAUAACGAUCACACACUGAGAGCAGACGGCAUGUGACAAGGAAAAGCUAACACCAAUUUCGAUUUUUGUCACAGUCAUUACUUUUUAUGCAGGAGUCUGAAAUCAGUCAGGAAAAAUGUCCAAUAAUUAUUAGUGGUAUCAAUAAAAACCUGCUUAUAAGUUUACAGGACCAUUUCUGACUUUGAAAGCACUUGCUACACCGUUUCAGUAUCAGACUCGCAUACAAGUACAUUACCUAAUUUCAGUGUUAAAGCACCUUUUUCAUCCAAAAUGUUCUUUUUUUUCAUUUCCUAUUUGGAUUUAAUUCAUCCUGUGUUGUAUAUUUCAUAUUUACUUUAUUUAUGUCACAACUGUCACUUUAGAUGGGCAGAAAAUAAAUGUCUAUGUUGGGGUGGAACAUUUCGACAACUAUUUAGUUUUGCGUUUAACUGAGCCACAUUUAAAUAAAUAAAAAGGGUUAAGGAGAAGAGAUACAUUUUCUAGAGAAAAAAAGGUUAAACUUUUCCAAUAAUCAGGGUUCCUGUUUUAGGAGAGUUAUUUUGUUUUGUUUUUAUUUAUUUAUGUUUCUAACAAGAAUUCUCAUUUUGUUUUCUGAGCUGGAUGUGAGCACUUUUUGAAGGACAAAUUAAAAAAAUAUAUUUGAUAUUUUUAUCCAUGCCACCUUCUCCCUCAAAUUUAAAAAGAAGCUUUUUGUUGGAUAAUUGUGUUUUUUUCCCCCGCCACACUUUAACUAUUCUGCGGUGUUGAAAUAAAUCUGAUUUCCAGAGACUAAAUAAAUGACAAAUCAAAGCUACCUACAGAAAGUAUUUGUUGGUGAUACAUUUUUUUUUUUAAAUAAAGCUCAAAUUUGUUCAGUUUCCAGAAUCUAACCGAAGAUCUGAUCAGGACAUUUUGGGGGGAAAUAUGAAAUAUCAGAAAGUCUGGUCAGAACUAAACGACUGACUCUUGUUGUGUGUGUUUAUCUCAAUUGUGAAUGAUUUUCUGACUGGCUGUUAAAAUGUGUUCCACUGCUACUGGAGUUAUUAUUCUUGUAAUAAUAAUAAUUAUAUCAUUUUGUUCAUGCAGCGGUUUCCUCCUCUGUAUCUGAUUCACAUCUGGACUGAAUUAAUGUGAGAACCCUGAUCUCCACAUGUGAUUAUAUUUCACUGAUGCACUUUCCAAUCUGUCAGAACUCUCUUUAUGGAACCAUUAGUUUUAUUUUAUUAAACAUUUUUGUAGAGUAGCUUUUUAUGAUUCUGUAUUUUGGGCUUGAUUGUGUGUUUGUCCAAAUAAAGAGAUUCUCAAAAUAC